CUGCCUGUGAGUGCCCGCGGUGAAGUGGUCCAGCAUCCCUGCGCAGGCAGUGGGGCUAAUGUAGAUGCAAAAAUAUCAUUAGAAAAUAUGUAAUCGUGGAGUAAGUUUUCGGCGUCGGCAGCUUGAGAUGAGGGAAGGACAACAUGGAAGAUCGGAUUUUGUGUUGCGCCCCAGUGGAGCACGGACCGUUAUAUUGCGAGAAAUAAUGCGGAAUAUUCCCCCCUGUAGGUGUUAACGCAGAAAAUACAAGAUGAAGAAGCAAUUCAAUCGGAUGCGACAGCUCGCCAACCAAACGGUGGGAAGGGCAGAAAAAACAGAGGUGCUAAGCGAGGACCUUCUACAGGUGGAGAAGCGUCUAGAUCUGGUCAAGCAGGUGACACACAGCACCCACAAGAAGCUGACUGCCUGCCUGCAGGGUCAGCAGGGCACUGAUAUAGAGAAGAGAUCGGUCAAGUCACCUUCUAAAAAACUUCCACUCACGAUGCUGGCACAGUGUAUGGUGGAGGGGGCUGCAGUGCUGGGGGAUGACUCUCUCCUGGGGAAGAUGCUGAAGAUGUGCGGGGAGACGGAGGAGAAAUUGGCCCAGGAGCUCAUCCAGUUUGAGUUCCAGAUAGAGAGAGAUGUGGUGGAGCCUCUCUACGUGCUCGCUGAGGUGGAUAUUCCUAACAUCCAGAAACAACGAAAGCACUUAGCAAAGCUCGUCUUAGACAUGGACUCUGCUCGGACAAGAUUUCAGCAGUCGUCCAAGUCCUCGAGUCACCCGAGCACACUGCAGCCAGGUGCCAAAGCCGAGUCCCUCAGAGAGGAGAUGGAGGAGGCAGCCAAUCGGAUGGAGAUUUGUCGGGAUCAGCUAUCAGCAGAUAUGUACAGUUUUGUGGCCAAAGAAAUAGACUAUGCAAAUUACUUCCAGACACUGAUAGAGACACAGGCAGAGUAUCACAGGAAGUCAUUAGAGAUUCUUCACAGUAUCCUGCCCCAGAUUAAAGCUCACCAAGAGGCGUGGGUGGAGAAACCAUCAUUCGGCAAAUCUCUGGAGGAACACCUGAAUAUUAGCGGGAGAGAGAUUGCCUUCCCCAUCGAAGCUUGUGUCACCAUGUUGCUGGAGUGUGGCAUGCAAGAGGAGGGCCUCUUCAGAGUGGCUCCAUCGGCCUCCAAGCUAAAGAAGCUGAAAGCGUCCCUGGACUGUGGAGUUCUGGAUGUGCAGGAGUAUUCCUCCGACCCACAUGCCAUCGCAGGGGCUCUGAAAUCGUACCUACGUGAGCUCCCCGAGCCUCUGAUGACCACUGAACUUUAUGAUGAAUGGAUUCAGGCUUCCAACAUUCAAGAUAUGGAUAAAAGGCUACAAGCAUUAAUGGCAGCAUGUGAAAAACUCCCCACAGACAACUUGAACAAUUUCAGAUAUCUGAUCAAAUUCUUAGCAAAGUUAACAGAGUACCAAGAUGCAAACAAGAUGACCCCUGGUAACAUGGCGAUUGUUCUUGGGCCUAACUUACUUUGGACGCACACAGAACCGAACAUGACGGAGAUGAUGACCACCCUGUCGCUGCAGAUUGUUAGCAUCAUUGAGCCCAUUAUCCAGCAUGCUGACUGGUUCUUUCCUGGAGAGAUCGAAUUCAACUUGACGGGCAGCUACGGCAGCCCCAUCCACACCAACCACAACUCCAACUACAGCUCCAUGCCCUCGCCGGACAUGGACCAAUCCGAGCGCAAGCAGCAGCACGACCAGAGCCGACGCCCACUGAGCGUCGCCACAGACAACAUGAUGCUGGAGUUUUACAAGAAGGAUGGCAUUAGGAAGAUACAAAGUAUGGGCGUCAGGGUUAUGGAUACCUCCUGGGUGUCUCGUAAGGGUUCAUCCACGUUAGUGCGCAAGACCUCCUCCACCCCUCCGGGCAUGCAAGGCCCUGGCUCUUCCGCUGACACUCUCAUCCCAGAGCAGCCUGGAGAACUCGCAACCUCCCCGUCAGCAACACCGCCACCUGGAGAGAGGGUUUGCUCAGACAACGUGUCGCCCAAUCGGCCGGACACCUCUCAUGCCCACCCACACCCAGGGGAGGACCGGCCACCCCCCCCUUACCCAACCUCCUCCUGCCACGCUGCCCCACACCACUUCUACCCCAAACCCCCACCCUGCGCUCGCCCCGUGGCACCGGGUCCAGAGUCCCAGCCCCCUGCCUCACCCCCGCCCCCGCAGCGCUGGUCAGGCUUCACUCCCCCGGCCCCGCCUCCGUCCUCCUCUUCUUCCUCUUCUUCCUCGUCACUUGACAUCAAUUCCAACCCCAAGCCCAGCUGUCUGCACUUCCCCAAGCACAGCCCCCCAGGUGACAUGUUGCAUGGCCCCCCUCCAGAUACUAAUGCUUCACCUCUCUACAUCAAAACCCCUCUGGUACUAACUCGCCAUGACCAGUCCCUUGGCAACCCCCCUAGCCUCCCUUCGUCCGCGCCCCCGCCCCCGCCGUGGGCUGCCUGUCCAUGUGCCCGAGAGAGAGGACCCCCCAGGCUGACUAGUUCUUUGAAGAGCAAAGAGCUCUCUCCAGUAAUUGGACACAAAGCCAUCCAGGUGGCAGGUCCAACAGUCCCCCCCAGCAGUAGUCCUCAGAGCAGCAACCAGUCCCCCCACUCCACAGAGCACAGUCCACACACCCUGCGCAAAGGUUCCAAGAAGUUGGCCCCUGUGCCCCCCAAGGUCCCAUACGGCCAGUCUGGCGGGAUGUCCGACCAGUCCACAGGUCAGCCGUCACCGGUCAGCCUGUCCCCCACACCACCUAGCACCCCCUCCCCUUAUGGACUGGCCUGCCCUCCAGGGCAAGUGCCCCCAUCCUCCCCUGGGCAGACCCCUCUAGGGGCGCCCCACUCGCUCUCGUCCCCACCCUCCUUGACAGGAACACUCACCAAGUCGCGGCCCGCCCCUAAGCCCAGGCAGCGACCCAGCUUGCCCCCUCCGCAGCCACCCACAGCCCCUGUAGGGCUCACUGGCCCGGCCAUGGCCCCAGUUCCCCAGCCCCUGGAGCAGGGUCUCCUGGAUGGACUGUCUCCCGGGGAGAGCAUGUCAACAGAUAUCUUCAAUUAUGAAAUCCCCUCCAUCAAUGUCAAUCUGGACAGCCUCAUCGAUGAGUUCAGCGGUGCCCCCUGCAGGAGGUCCGUGGCAGUGACAGACUCUCCAGAGGGGGAUGCUGUGCCUGAGGAGGAGCCCCAGAGCACCACACUAUGACCUAUGACGCUAAGGCAUCACAGCUUACCAGCACCCCUAUGGCUGUUACAUACUCUUAACUGUCGCCACCUGAUGGCCUGAUGGAAACUCACACUGGCCUCACCAAUGCCCACCUGAAACCAGAACUCGAGCACAUCUGCUGCAGGCUGCAAAGAAACUCGUCUCUUACAAACGCUCGCUAGAACAUAAAUGUGAUACAAAAAGAAAAAAAAAAAAAACACCCAAAUGCCAUAGUGGAGGAACAGUUGCCUUUAGGAGGAAAGACUGGAUAUAGAUGAGUAUUACAUUUAAUAUUUUUUGUUUGCUUUGCUUUGUUCAUAUUUGUUGUUUGAUGCAGUGGUCUGUGUUUCUGUGGGUUUUUAUUUGACUUUCUUUUUGCCUUAUUAGAACAUGCAAUCAAAUUGCAAUAUGAUACUCGCAAGUUGUACAACUUUCGGUUAGGGAAACUCAGAGUCUGACAUGGUUAGCCCAUCCUCAGGGUGAAACAGUGAGGCAGAGUGGAAGAGUAUUUUACUCACAGGGUAUUCAAGCUUUGUGCACAUUAGAAAAAAAAAUGCUGAGCCCUAUAGAGACAGGUUUGACCUGCAGGAUGAAACACUUAAUGCAGUUUAAGUCUUACUACACCCAGUCUUUAUUUCUCCUAUUCUUUCACGUAUUAAAUCCGUAGUUCUUUACCUACAGGUAAACACUUUAACUCACUUUAUACCAGCACAGUAUAAGAAGAAUGUUAUUGUAAAUUACCUUGUUUGGAACAUGCAUCUCUACCAGUUUUUGAAGAUAGCACCAUGUCGUGUUUGCAUGACGAGCCAAUAGGAACUUUUGGAUUAAGGGCCUCAGAAUGGCAGUGUUUGAUUUUUGGUGUGAGUGUUUCUGCUGUUGUUGUCCUUGGAGAGUCAGAUCUAAACCACCCAUGUGCUGUUACAGUCUGAUGACGAUGGAUGGAUGACUUCACUGCCUUUAGGUUCGUAUGAGUCUCUCUCUUAACCUUGUUUCAAGUGCUUCAGGUUCAGCAACCUUUCGAUCCCGAGUGUAAAUACAAAGACUGUACAUAAAUUGAUGUAUAUAAAUCUGAGAGGAACUAUAUGUAAAAUGCAUAUCUGGAGAAUAUAUAAUAAUAAUGAUAAUAUAUGUGCUGAUAUUUAUCAUGUGUAGAAAAUGUAAUGAUGAAGAAUUUGAUGUUAUUUUUGUCCCUGCACACAGUGAACAGGUUUACUGUAGAUUCAUAAUGUUUCACUUUAACAACAGGUAACAAUGAUGCUGCAGCACAAACGCAGAAUGUUUUUCUGCUAGAAAUCAAUUGUAGUCUUUAUACUUCUGUCUCCUGAACUUCAGACAUGCUACAGCGCUGAUGAGUUGCAAAACAACAUCCUUUCUGUUCUUUGCUUCUUUGUUUUAAAGAUCCUGUUUUAAUUAUUAGAUCACUUUUGGACCUUUUCAGUCAGGGGUGUCCAAACUAUAGCCAACUCUGUCCCGUGGUCCGUUUUUUUAAUGGUUAAAUCUUACAAAUUAAAUAGAAUAUGGGCUGCAUUAAAACAUGAAUCUUGUCCUUGACUGUUCUUCAACUCUAGGCAGUGUUAGUUCUGUAAAAAACAGUCUCACAGAAGGAAAUUGUUGAUCAGUUGUAUUUUCAUGACUGAAUUAAGACAACGGUGGAAAUGCACAACAUUUCAACAACCAAAAUCAUAGUAGUGAUUCAUAACUCCCUGAUGAAUAGAUAAAGGAUCAUGCUCUAAUAUCUGCUCAUUUUCCAAAGCAUGUUUAACUAAUCAUCUUUAAAGCACCAAUAUUCUUAUAAAGUUUGACUAUUUUUUUCAGAACUGCAUCAUUUUUGCUCAAAUGAUUUAUAUACAUUCCUUGCCAUUUUAAAUCUAAAAUUGUAUUUAAAAAUGCUUGAAAACAAAGCAUGUAACAGCCUGAUAAACAUUAAAUUUCUAGUUUAGUAUGCCCCUGGACCCCCACCCUCCCCAAAGUGUGGCUAAGCCCCAGAUAUUCAACACAUCUGGCUCUGCCCUGAUGUCAUUAUUUCAAGAACAAAGCAAAAUACUUGUGACUGUAAAACAUCUGAUUUGGUGCAAAACUGCAUUUGAAAAUGCCAUACAUGUAACCUUUUGCUACAUUUAAUUUUAUUGUAGUUUUUACAUCCCAACAGAAAAUAUUGUAACACAUUGUAGUUUGCAUUCAGAUUGCAUUUUUACUCAUCAACAUCCAGCAGUUUGCAGGUAUGGUAAACAUUUUCACAGUUACAUCAGGCCCCACAAAUCAGAGACGUCACUGUGGCACUAUAGGAUUAUGGGUGCUGUUAUAAAUUUGCCUAAGACUGAUAAUAAAUCAUGUUAUUCAUAAUGAAAUGUUGAUAACUUGUGAACUUUUGUCUUCUAGGUUGUGUUAGUCUAACCUGGAUAUUUCUGACAGUAUGGCUAAUAAAUGAAUACAAAAGGGAGAAAAUGAUUGGGAUUUUUACCUCUGGAACCUGAAAGGGCUGAGCAAGCCUCACUGUAAUCUUAUUGGCUGACCUCAAAAUCCUUAACAAUGAUUGGCUUUUUGUCUCGUCACCCAUUAAUAGACAGCUGAGUUAUAGGUUCUUUGAGCAUAUUCAGUUACCAAGCAUACCUUAACUGAAAUUGAAUCAGUUUUGCUGACAAACAAACUAAAGAUGAGGUUUAUCAAAGUGGCCCUGUUAUCCUUAUAUUUUUUUGCAUGUGGCCCUUGGUGAAAAAAGUUUGGACACCCCUGCUACAAAGUAUUCAUAUUGAGCACAAAUGCAAUCCAGGACCUUUUUUAUUAAACUGACCAUUGUAAAGUAAAAAAUCUGCUCACAGUAAGAAAGGCUGAUGCAAAUUCAAAUUUGAGACCUCUGAAAUAGGCAAUAUUGGUCUUCUUUUCCGGGGUUGUUAUAACCACCAACCAUUAAAUUAGAGGUUAAUGAAUUCAUCCAAUAACAGAUGCUGCAGUGUUACUUUUUUGAAGUGUCAAAGGAGAACAAUUUUGUCAAUUAAAGUGCAAUUACAGUGUUUACUGAUCCACCUCAGUCCAAAAAGUGGUCAAAGUCACCUCUACCCAACCUACAGAAAUAAAGCCAUUCAUUUUAUCGCAAAUUAUUUCUCCUUAAGUUUUUUUUUUUUUUUUUUAUAAAUUCUGGAUUAAACUUACUCCAAAAUUGAUCUACAGUACAGUAUGCAUCAGUGUGUGUUCUCAAUGGACUCUGUUUAUGAAGAUUUUUGGUGAUGUUGAUACUUAUAUUGAUAGUUGUGGUGAUUAUACUGUAUGACAACAAUUGCAAGUGCCCUCACACUGGCUGUUACUUUGGAACUAUAGGCAUAUUAAUGUGUACUAGAGGUUUUAUUUUCUGUGCUGGAUCCAUACGUUUAUACGAGGAGGUUUGGGGUAUCUCUUCUUUCUUUUUGUGUGCAGACUGAAUGUGACUCAACUCCGAUUUCAACUGUAGGCUACCUGAUUUUAUGUCACCAUGCAGGAAAAUGAGCGCUUGUAUUGGGAUGAAGGUUAAUUAGGGCCUGUCAGCGUGUAUUAUUAUCAAUACAGGGCAGUAUUACUGCAAUGAUUUUGUGCAUAAUAACUGGAAUUUACAGCCACCUGAAAGCAUGCAUUCAUACUCAUUAUAAAUGUGAUAACUGCUGCUGGAUGAAAAAACAACAUCUGUAACCUCCCCCGAAACACAAGUCAUGAUUUCAUCUCAUAUGAUUUCAGCCAGUUAGUUUACUCACAGUCAUCUUAAGGAGUAUAUUCAUAGGAGCCACCUUUUGCACCAAAUGGUACAUUGUUACAUAGUUUUAUGAAGCUUUUUAUGUACUGUGGAUCAACAUUUUUAUCACUUCAUCACCUGUAUUAGGGUCAAACGUAAAGCUCAAUUUGUUUACAUUUUGAAGGGGGGAUUUUAAACAAGAAAAAAACGGUAAAUCUGAAAAAGUGUCAUGCAUGCGCUUAGAUAGUCUUUUGAUAAUCCACGUUUUGUGUCAAUCACUGUCUUUUUAGGGAUUGUAUGAGGGGUAAAGACGGACUUAAGAGAAUGUGGAUCAAAACAAAUGGUCCCCGGUGGGGUUUUGAGCAAUACGGUAGAGGAGUAGAUGUUGCCUGUGGAUGUACUGCCUCCUUCUGCUUUCACUACUAGUGUACAAACAAAACCUGCCGCUUGUCGAGCCCACCAUGCCCACGCCCCCCUGCCCCUCCCUCCUCUGCUUAGCAUAUCAAGUGGAACACAGUGUGUACUGUGAAGCCUACCUGCAAUCCUUAUCAGAAUGUCAGAAAUAAAUAUAUAUAUUAAACUCUACAUUUGU